AUGUCUGAGAAGGGAACUAGCGAACCAUCCUCCACGUCGAUUGUGGAGGAUGUCUUCAUCCCAAGAUCUUUGUUGGCAACGGCAAAGUUCGAUACGCCAUUGGAUAAGAUACACUGGGAGAGGUCUCUCCCAAAUAAUGACCGUCUACAAUAUGUAGAUGCAACUGAACAUCCUACUGGUCUCGGUCGAUCUGUCAGUCUUAGAGUUAAGACCAGUCAGAAGGAAAAGUCUUUCGUUCGUCGUUCGAUCAGUCUUUCGGGUAGGACAAAGCCUACUCUUGGUCGAUCUGGAACUGGUAUCAAGCGAUCUGGCAGUCUCUCGUUCUUGCAAACUCCCACGCGGCCAGCAACAAGUCGGCUUCAGAGAGAUCAGCCUUUGAUUGAUGAAAUCGAAGAUGCUCCACUCCCAGUCGUCAGAUCCAAUACCUUGCUAGAUGAAAAGGACCCAGCCGUGGCAUUCAAAGAAAAAGCUGUAUAUCCCACCUCUAUGAGUUCAAACAGCAGCACUACAACUGUUGAUAGUGAUGGGAGUCAGAGUUUGCAAGAUGUCUACGAAAAGGCCAAACUGAGAGGUGUUGCACUCAAGCGAAGAUAUUGGGUGCGGCUGUUAUUCGAGUAUAGCCUUUACGCCUUUCUGGUGCUAUUCAUAUAUUUUGUCUUGGUUGGUAUGCCAUUGUGGAGAGGUGCUGUCUGGUGGCUCUACUGGGUCGUCAGCCAUAAAUUCGUGAUCCAAGGCGGCUGGGCCAUCACUAUAGGUCUUGCUUUUCUAUAUGCAUUCCUGCCUCUUUUGAUCUUGUUUGAAUCUGAUCCUCCCUCGGCAGAAUCAAUAGUCACAAAUGAUGUCGACCUGGAAAGCAACACGGCAAAUGCAAAAUCUACUGCGUUACUCAUCCCAUGUUAUAAAUCCGCCAAAAUCAUCGGUCCCACUUUGAAAGCCGCAUUGAAAGUCUUUCCUCCCGAAAACAUAUUCGUCAUUGCCAAUGGAAACUCUGAAACGCCUCUUGAUGAUACUGAAGAAGUCUGUCGUCCUUAUGGGGUAAACCACCUCUGGGUUCCAGUUGGGUCGAAGAUCGUCGCUCAAUUUGCUGGCUGUUAUGCAGCCAAAGGAUUUGAGAAUGUCCUUCUGAUUGAUGAUGACUGCGCACUACCUCCAAACUUCCCUAUUGUCUGCGAUCGACUUAAGGGGAAGGUCAAAUGUAUUGGAUAUACUAUCAAGAGCGUGGGUCCAAAUUCAUCCAAAGGAACCUAUUGCCAGCAAGCCCAAGAUUUGGAAUACAAGAUGUCUGGUCUCCAGCGGGCUUUCUUCGGCAAACUGGGCAGCGCAACCUUUCCGCAUGGUGCCAUUUCUAUUUGGAACACAGAAUUUCUCAAGAUGACAUUUAACGAACACCCCGGCUUCUCAGUUUCCGAGGACUGGUUCUUUGGAGAUAGUUGCCGUCGUCUCGGUGGGCGCAUCAAGAUGUGCUCCUCGGUGUUCGUAGAGACCGAGACUCCGGCAUCUGUCUUUUACAGUGGUGGUGGUGGAAGCCGCGGUGGCUUUGGUGAGAUGACGAUCUUCCAACAGCGAUUUAAGCGAUGGAACUUCUUCUUCGUCAUUGAUAUGUACUACGAUAUGAAAUAUAUAUUGACGAGCUGGAAGCUUGGCUGGUGGGAGAUCGGAGCUAAACUAUGCGUGUUUCAGGAGGUCUACGAAACUCUGAUCUAUCUACUCGCUCCGUUCAUGCUACCUAUUGCAUUCGUUAUUCGUCCAUCAUUUUGCGGUAUACUGCUUGGUGCCACUAUCGGCAUGUAUAUUAUCAAUGUGAUAAUUUUCAACGAAAUCCACCUUCGACUCAAAAACGAGCGCAUCGCCUGGCUAGUUCUCAUUUUUUACUACACCUUUUACAAAAUCGCCCUCACAUUCAUUAAUGUGGUCAGCUGUUACUGGUCUUUAUACAAAUAUGCCCGCUACUUUGCUAUGCGCCACCCGAAAGUCAUUGAAGACGAACAUGCCGUUCAGGUUGUUCUCAGUCUUGAGCAGGAAGCUGAGCCGCCACAGACACUACCUGGGAUCGCUGAGGGCGAGGUGGCUACACCCACCGAGAACAAGCGUGCAUCUCAGCGCAUGAGCCUGAUAUUGACCAAGGCUGGGAAUCUGUUGAGUCGGUAA